AUGGCGACGCCCCACGCCACCAUAGCCAUCAUCUCAAUUGGCCAAAUGGGGCUCGGUAUCGCCUCACUACUCAAAUCCCACAACUACGCUAUCACCACAAAUAUCAGUGGGCGCAGCUCUGCAACAAAAGAUCGAGCCGAAUCAAUUGGAAUCCAACUGCUAGACACAGACGAAGAGCUAGUUGCAAGCGCAGACUACGUACUCAGCAUUGUGCCGCCACGCGAUGCUGUCGCAACGGCAGAGAGGGUGAUUGCUGCACUAGAGAAGCAAAAGAGUACAGAGCAGGCUGCGUCAUCGGGACAGGAAAAACCCGUGCUGUAUUACCUGGAUUUGAAUGCGAUUAGUCCAGAUACAGUACGCAAGAUAGGCGACAUGUUUGAAGAACGAGUAAAAGAAGUACGCUUUGUUGACGGAGGCAUCAUCGGCUCACCACCUGUUGCUCCUCCAGCUUCACCAGAAACGUCAAAAGAAGCAGAGGAGUCCGUUAGCCCAGGGUCAGAUUGGAAGCGUCCCGGCGUUCCACUUUCGGGUCCUCAUGAACUCCCCAGUGCACAUCUCGCGUCCGUGUUGAAUGUCCAGCACGUCGCCAACACCAUUGGCACAGCCAGCGGUCUAAAAUGCUGCUUUGCCGCUUUGACAAAAGGCUUCACGGCCCUCUCUUUGCAGUCCUUUACCACUGCCUCGUCUCUCGGUGUACUGCCUCAGCUGAAAGAUUACAUGGAUCAGUAUAACCCCCAUGCGCGGCUCAAGGCCGAAAGAGGCAUCGUGGGGUGUACGCACAAGGCGUACCGGUGGGUUGAAGAAAUGAGGCAAAUAGGCGAGUGCUUUGCGGGAGAAGGAGGAUGGCAACAAGCAAGUGUAUUUCGCGAAAUCGCAGGCGUAUUCCAGGAACUCGCUGAUGUGGUGGAGAAGCAAGGGAGAGAAGGGAUGGAACAUGUAGACGGGGUAGUCGGGAUCCUAGGCAAUGAUCUCCAAUCUACCAAACAAUAG